GUGUACGCGCACCUAAACCUGCAUGCCUCCAGUAUACGCAUUGCCGAGCAGUGUGUCCCCUGAGCGCCAUGAACGCCGUACACAUCGCCACAUCUCAGGUAAUAAUAGAAAAAAUAUUAUAUUACAUAUAAAUAUUAUAUUACUUGCUAAUGUAUUUUUGUGUUUAUUUAUUUUUAUAAUCUAUAUAAUAUUACGAUUAUAUGAGACGCACAUUCGCGAAAAUCAGUGGUUUUGUUGAAUUUGCUAAUUAUUGUUUGCUACCCACCUAUUGUUUUUCUGUUAACAAUAUUAUAACGUUCUGGAUAUUUUAUCAUUGUUAUUACCUACCUGCAGGUUUUAUUAAUAUUUUCUCAAAACAUUUUGCGUCAUAUUCGAGGCACGUGAAUAUUGUAAUUAAUGAAAAUAAAUUAGUGGAAAUUUAAUAUAGGUAUUGAACAAUUUCUGGGUCCAUUUUAAAUUGUUAUCUAAUGCAGCCACCAAGAGUUGUACCCGCAAAAUAGAUUUACUGCACUAUACAUGAAUCACAUAGUAUAAUAAUACGUGUUUGAUGUGAUACACUGUUUUAUGGAAACAUUAAUUUUUUUCUCAUAUACGACCUUGCGUUUGAAGUAUCCAUACAUAAUAAUUCUUAUAGAUCUUAGUUUUUAAUGCCUUUAAAAUGUGUGUAUAAAUUAUUUUUAAACGUUCCGAUGAAUGGUUGGUUUUUAUUUUACACGUUAUAUUAUGUAGGUACAUUACACAAUUGCAAAAAAAAAAAAAAAUAAAAAAAAUCUUACGUUCUAUUACGAUAGAAUUGAUGAAGCGUGUAUAUUUCAUUGACCUCUUUUAAUGUUUUUAUAUGGUUGAUUAAAUACCGAAUAAUAGUACAACAUUAAAUAAGAAACGUAGACUCUGAUUUAUCAAUCAUAUAUUACUAUAAUUCUAAUUUAUUUCAGAUACCUAUACAAUUUUAAGAAAUUUACUCACUAAUACAUGUUUACUUUUUUAGGUAUUUUCGGCGGCCAUUAUUGGAAUAUGCUUAAUAUUAAACACUAUUACAACAGCUAAGUCAACAAAUACGAAUACUGUCGGAUACACACCUGAAAUCAACUUACAAAAUACAUUUGAAAAACUUCGAUCGUCUAUCGAUACAAAAGGAGCUGAGAAUGGUAAUUUCAAAUCGUAUUUAUCCGCUGUGGGCCCAACUGAACAACAACCAAAUCAUGAUUUCUUUCAACUGGAUGAAGACAUUAACAGACAAAUAUCUGGUUUAAACUUUAAUUUUGAUCAAAAUGCUUAUGAUCAAAUGAACUUUCCUCCAACGCAACCUUCAGUACAACCCAAAUUUUUGCUUAACUAUGAGCCAUUAAGACCGACAAGUUAUGUAUUCGACCCAUCUACACAUUAUAAUCUACCAUAUAAUACUCCGGAACAUCAAGAUGAUGGAGGAGAUGGUGGUGGCGAUGACGGUGGUGAUGAUGGCGAUGGUGGCGGUGGUGGUGGUGGUGGUGGUGGAAAUGGUGGAGGAGGUGGUGGAAAUGGUGGGGGGGGAGGCGGUGGUGGUGGCAAUCGAGGAGGCGGUGGUGGCAAUCGAGGAGGUGGCAAUCGAGGAGGCGGUGGUGGCAAUCGAGGAGGCGGUGGUGGCAAUCGAGGAGGAAGCGGUGGUAAUCGAGGAAGUAGUGGAGGUGGCGGGGGCAAUAGCGAAGCUGACGGUGCUGACGAUGAUGGCGAUGACGCACGAUUUAUACAAAAUGAACCUUUUGAGCUUGAUUACGAUGUUAAUUUUGAAGCCCGCAACGGUUGGAGACCGGUUCAAAGUAGACCUAGUUCAGAUGAUGUAUCAGAAAAUCAGUUUAAAAGACCUUUACCGAAGAAAGUACGUGGUUAUGGCACCAAUCAUGUACCACUGACUUCUGAUAGCUUCCAGACACCUUAUCAACAUAAUUCACCAUAUAGACAACAGCAACCACAGCGAUUUGCCGAAGAACGUUACUCGCACAGGCCAGUUCAAAAUAAACGACCUUUACGGAUAUAUGAUGACGAUAAUAAACCGCUCAGAUUACAUGAAAAUAAAAAACGACCAUUAAGGAUAAACGGGAAAAAUGGGCGGUCACCGUAUCAUAUGGGCAGUAAGAAAUCGGAAGAUUUUUUGGAUGAAGAAAUAGAAGAAGACGAUCCUAGACCAUUGCAAUCAAGGCGGUCUCCUGCUACAAAAAAAAGACAAGUAUGUCAAAAAGUUAAAAAAUCGAUGUCACCAAAUGAUAUCGAGGAUCACGAUAUUAUUGGAAGAAAAAUGACGUGUAUGAGAUGUAAAGAUUUAUCUUCAGGUGGUACAUUCGAAAAAUGUUCGUAUAAUUCCGAUCCUACAAGUAAUGAAAAUUUGAAAGAUUCGGAAGUAAUACCAAAACUAAAAUCGAAUAGGCCAAGAACCAAUAGAUAUAAAAGACGAAUUGUGGACAGAAGGCGAAAUAAACCACAAAGUGGUGAAGAAAUAGAGGACUACGAAUAUGACAAUUCUAACCCACAGGCAUCUGAAGAGGAUCUAGAGUAUGUCCAAAAACCGGAAAGUACUGUCGAGUAUGAUAACGAGGAUCCAGAAAAUUUAGAAACAUCUGAAAAUCUUAGCGAAGAAUAUAUAAUACCCCCGUUACCGUUAGAAUCUUCUACUUGUCAUAAAGUUAUGAAAAAAGGAAAUGUGUGUAAUGUAUGCCAAGACAGUUUGAGUAAUAGGCAGUACGAACAAUGUGAAUACGAAAACGAUCCUUCGAAAAAUGCGUAUGAAUUUUCCACACGUGACGUAUACGGUAAGCCUCGAUAUAAAAGACAAUUAGAUAGCGAUCGAACGUACGAUGACUAUUUCAAAAAACUGUUCCCGGAACUUGGAACUAACAGAAAGAACUCGUUAGCUACUAAGUUUUCGUCCAAAGACGGGGACUUCGGGUUCCUGGAUAACGGGCAAAUCGGCUUUAAGAAAAGAAAAUCUUCGUUACUCGGAGAUGACGAUUUAUCGAUAAAUUUCGAUUCGGCUGAAGAGAGUCCAGUGAACAAAAUGUUGGGUGAAUUCCGUAAUAAAGACCGAUCGAAUUGUAAAAAAUCGAUUAAAGAUAAAAUGACUUGUUACAAGUGCAAGGAUGAUAAAGAAGUGGAAACUGAGGAAUGUAUGUAUAUAACCGAUACUCAGCCAAAAGAACGGAAACAGACUUACCAUGAAAAGAAAAAUUUUAAUAUUACCCCUGCAGAAUCAUCGAAAUCUACAUCUGACUUGGAUAAAUCUAAUCCGAAUGUUAAACAACAGCAGCCAGCUUCGACGUCUUUGUCACACGUGUACGCUCCAUUGUUCGGUGGUUCUAAAUACGAACCUUCGGCACAGUACUCUUACAACUUACCGCACAGAAAUCGGCGAAAUUAUAGACUACAGAAGAAACCUGUAACCGAAGUACCCGAAGAGUCCGUAGAGGAAGUAGACGACCAGUCGGAGGCACAAAGCGCGGAAGAUUAUGACGAGGUCGAAGAUCCGAGUACCAAACAGGUAUCGAGACAUGAUAUGCCCGAUGUAGAUCCUUUCGGCCCAGAAGGAGCAUAUAGCGAGGAAACCAUACCGAUGUAUGAUACAAUGUUACAAACUUGGUUACCGAAAUAUAUGGUACUCAAGUCUUCGGAAGAAGCAAUGGUUGACGAAGAACUAGGGUUAGAUUAAAAAUAAAUAUUAAUAUGAAUAUUACUAAUAAUAAUUCGUUGAGGGUGGUUUCAAUAUCUAAUUUUAUUAUAUCUUUACUCGUAUUAAAAUACGAGUCGAAAUAUUAAACUUAAAUACUGGUGGCAUGAUGGGGGUAUUAACUAUAUUAUUUAACCGAUGGUAAUAAUAUUAUUAUUAUACUCGUAUAAUUGUUAUCAACAUGUGUCU